UGCUGAAUAUUGAUAUACUAUAAUUGAUAAUAAUAAAAUACGUUAAAUAAUUUCCAAUAUAAAAAAAAAUUUAUUUUAUGUAUAUAUAGAUAGUUGCAUAGUUAUAUAAUAUAUGUAUGUAUAUGUACCUAUAUAAAUUUAUAGAGAAGCCUGUGAUAAGAAUAAUUUUUACAAGAUUUUUAUGGGAUUUAAAAUGAAAAAUUCAAUAUAAUUUGUGUUAUCAAAUUAAUAAAAAUUAAUUAACAAAGCUUUAAUAAGUUAAAUUCUUGUUUAAAAACACCGAAGAAAUAUCAAAACAGAAAUAUCCAAAAAUAAAGCUUUAAUAGUGCUUCCUAGAUAUAUAAGUUAAAAAAAAAAUAAAAUUCCUUGCAAUACUGAGAUGAAAAAAGACUAAAAAAUAUAUUUAAAAUUUUUUCAAAAACACGUGUCGCAUUUUUCUAAAUAAAAUUUUUUAAAGAAAAAACAUUUAGUUUAUACACGAUAAAAAGGAAAGCAAGCAAUAAUGACUUCAACACACUGGGAGGAUUUCUAUGCCAAUCAUUUACCUCCAGCUGAUUUUGAGGAUAAUAGAAGUUUAUUGAAGGAAUUUUGUGACAGACAUAAUAAGCUUAAUAAUAGAGUGGCGCUAGUUACAUCUGGAGGUACAACAGUUCCUUUAGAACAUAAUACAGUUAGAUUUGUAGAUAAUUUUAGCGCAGGUACUAGAGGAUCCUCGUCAGCUGAAUAUUUUUUAGAUCAUGAUUAUGCUGUAAUAUUCAUGCAUCGUGUUAAAUCAUUAGAGCCCUUUACACGACAUUUUAAUGGACAACAAUUUUUUGACAUGUUGGAAUUUCAAGAUAAUUCAGAAGGUACAACAAGUAUUAUUGUCAAACCUGAUUCAUUUGAUGUAUUAGCACCAAUUUUAUUAAAAUACAAAAAUGCUCAAGAAAAUCAAAAAAUUUUAUAUAUUAGCUUUACAAGUGUUGUUGAUUAUAUGUGGUUACUACGUGCAGCGUGUGAAUGUUUAGCAUCAUUCGAUAAUAGAGCUUUAUUAUAUUUAGCAGCGGCGGUUUCGGAUUUUUAUAUUCCACAAGACAAAAUGCCAACACAUAAAAUACAGUCUGGUCAAGGGGCACCUACAAUAUCGUUACAAUUAGUUCCAAAAAUGUUAGCUCCAUUAGCCAGCUUAUGGGUGCCGCACGCAUUUGUAGUAUCAUUUAAAUUAGAAACAGAUGAAAAUUUACUCAUUGCCAAAUCUCGAGAGAGUUUAACAAAAUAUAAACAUAAGUUAGUAAUAGCAAAUAUUUUGCAAACACGUAAGAAUCGUGUUGUAUUUGUAACACCAACAACUUCAUAUGAGGUGCACUUAACAAGGGAACAAGCCUUAUCAGGACUUGAAAUCGAAGAACCGAUAGUUGCAGAUGUUGUCCGGAAACAUGAAGAAUUCAUAGAAUCAUCACAAUUAAAUCGUCAAUGACCGUCAAUGCGGAGUAGACAACGCAAUAAUAAACAUUGUGUUGAUUGUCGCGUGACAACACCACAUUUUUGUCGAUUACUUAAUCCAGGUCCUGGGGCAGGACGAAAAUACUAAGUUAUACGCAUAUAAAAAUUGUAUAUAUACAUUUCUAUAUUUGUACAUUCUCUUAAAUAUUAAAAAAAAUCAUAUACAUACAUUUAUAAUAAGAGACAUAAACAUAGAAAAUAAAAAAAAAGUGUAACCUUAGCUGCUAUACCCAUAAAUAUUAUAUUUGACAACAAAAUUAAGGUGUACAUGUAAGGGGUUCAGGGCUUUUGAAUAACUUAUGUGAACUUAACAUAAAGUUAAAAGAAGAAAAAGAAAAUUUUGGAAAAACAAAAGCAAAUUAACCAAAAAGCUGAACAAAAAAAAAAAUAAAGGAUGAAAAUAAAAUUAAGUAAAAACUUAAAUAAAAAAUGCAAACGUAUUUGAUAAUAUGAAAUUUUACACGUUAUUUUAUGAGGGCCUGUAAUGAGUCGAGAAUGUAACACUUUACAUAUAUGUAUUUAUGUGUUUGUUUAUUUUAAGCGUACAAAGUUUCUUGGCAUAGAGUUUUUUUUUAAAUUUAACAAAAAUAGCUGACUCUGAACCGGUUAUUUACUUUAUACAAAUAAACAGAAUUUCCUAAAUUAAUAUUGAAUUUUUACUUUACUAUGUUGCUGUUUCUUUCGUGCUACAAUUUCUUGUAAAGCUAUCAAAUUAUUAAAACGACCUUAUAAAACUUUUUUUAUGAAAUUUCUUUACGUGGCCCUUCAUUAAUGAAGUGAUCUAAAUCUUAAAAAUUGAAUUGGUAUGUGUUAUGUAAGAUAUACAUUUUCAUGCAAGUAUAUAUUAAAGUAAAUCAGCGCAUCUUUUUGAAGAAAUGAUUCAGGUUUUUGAUUGUAUUGUUUCAAGCGCAUUUUUAAAUUUAUAUGUUACUCAUUACUUUGUUUUGCCCAUGUGGCAAUUAAAUCAAUUUCAAUAGUCUGAUUUCUAACAGUGUUAAUUGUUAUUUUUAUUAAUAGUUCGGAAAAAAUAUUUGUUAAAUAAAAAAAGUAAAUAUUAUAUUAUAAUUAUGUAUGUACUAAAUGUAUUUUGGUGCAUGAAAAUGAAUCCACAAUGAAUUUUUCAAGUUGUAUUGAUUUUAAAAUUACACAUAGGUAUAAUUUCAAAUGUAUGUAUAAGUUGUUAAAAUAAAUAAAAAUUAUAUUUUAAAUGGUUUUAAUUAGUUCAAAUGGUUUAUAUAAUAGGUAUUUUGUUGUUUUUUUUUUAAUUUUUUAAAUAUAUUGGAAUUUAUGCCUCGGAGUUUAACUUAGUUUCACUUUAAAAAGAAGGCAAAGUUGUUAAAAUUUGUUUCUUAUCUUACAAGUUUUCUUAUUUAAUUUGAAUUAAAUCAGUAAUUUUCUUGAGAAAUAGACGAAGGUUAUAUAGACUUAUGAUCAUAAGAAUAUGAAAGAACUUAGUUCUUUUUAUGUAAUUAAUUAAGUAACUGUUAAAUAACUAUACACAUAAACAUUAUCAUGCAUGUUACAAAAUUAAAAUAUGUAUCUGGAUAUGUACAUUUAUACAUAUGGCAUAUAUGAUAGAAAAAACUAAAAACUUUAGGAUUAACUUGAAAUUAAAGUUUUUAAGUACUUACGUUUGUUCAAUAUGUAUAUUUUAUUAUAAAAUUAUAGAAUUUGUGAAACCCAUUACAAGUUCAUUAGUUACUACAAAUUUGAAACAGUGUUUUAUAUUAUAUACAUCAUAAUAUCGGGCCUUAAAUUAAUUGAGUAGAUAUUAUUUUCCUUGAAAUAAUAAAGAAGAAAAGCAUAAUCUAUAUUAAUAAAAGUAUUGGACCUUAAACCCAAUGAAAGAUUGAUUUUAUCAACCUCUCAAUUAACUAUAUGUA